CAACCAGCCAUCUUUCUAGACUGUGCAAGAUAGGCAAAAAGAAAAUUCAACAUUCGCUUAAAUGAGACAAAAGAAAUAUUUCAUGUGUUCGAGAAAUUCUUUGUAGGCUUUAAUUGCGCAUGCUCGAUUAAACCACAAGGAGGACUGUCGCUUAGUCCCGCCUCUGAAUCACUCAGGAUGCACGUCUUUCGUGGAAACCCAGGCUGCAUACAUACGUCUGCCAUCCGGGUGUAUAUAUUGAACCGGAUUGGCGUGUCAAAUUUAUUGUGUGACAGUUCAGCAUGAGCAGAACUUCGAUCGUAUGCUUCUGUCUCUAUCUUUUGUUGCCAUCAGACAUCCUAGGCAGCAACAUCGAUAUUCGACAACCUGUAGUUCGACAUGGGGAGAACAAGGACGCCUAUUUUGGAUUCAGCGUCGCUCAGUUUGUUGAUUCAUCAACUGGUCGUGGAUGGAUAAUUGUUGGUGCUCCACGUGACAACACUACAACACUUGAAAGUUUAGGUGUCAGUCGUCCUGGGGCUGUGUAUAGAUGUGACAUUGCUCAAAAUGAAGUUUGUACUGUUAUCGAUAUAGAUACAAAUUUCACUUACCACAAAGUAGAUCGUCCUGCAGGAAAAGUCCUUGAAAAGCGAGAUAGGCUUCAAGAUCAGUGGCUUGGUUGUUCAGUUGCAGCAGCUAGAAAUGGACCAAUAGUUGCUUGUGCUCAUCGCUACGUUGACUUGUCAGGCACAAGUCGUCAGUGGUAUCCCGUUGGUCGGUGUGCAGUUUUGGACAAGGCAUUUAAAUUGCUGUACAAGAGCGAUCCAUGUAACGACCCAUCAACUCCAGGUGUGAGAGGAACUUUUUAUUGCCAGACUGGAACAUCUUCUCAAGUUUCAGAGGAUGGUGAAAUUUCUGUAUGGGGUUCCCCUGGGGCAUUCAAGUGGCAAGGAAUUGCACAGUUUUUUCAUAAAGACAGUUCAUUUGAAGAUACUGAGAGAAAGGAGGGAGCUGCAGAGUUUGACUAUUUGGGUUAUUCAUCUGAUUUUGGUCAGUUUGGAUGGACGAAAAAUGACAAGACUUACUAUGUAGUACUUGGAGCUCCUCGUUAUAAUGGUUAUUUUGGGAGAGUGGUUGUUUUUGAAUACAACUCAGAAUCUGUUCAACAAACGCUAAGAUGGCAUAGGGAUGGUACACAGUUUGGUGCUUACUUUGGACAUUCCGUAGCUGCAGCAGACUUGAAUGGUGAUGGUUUUGAUGACUUGUUGGUUGGCUCUCCCUUUUUUUCUGAUUCUUUGUAUGAGCAAGGUCAAGUGUCUGUGUUUAUGAACGACAAGACAGCUCAAUUUAAUGCUCACUCUGUACUCUUGACUGGCAACAAACCUGGUGGACAGUUUGGUUAUGCCAUUGCCAAAGCAGGCGACUUGAAUGGAGAUUCAUUUGAUGAUGUUGUCGUCAGUGCGCCAUAUGCCAAGACUAGUGACAAGACUAGUGGCAUAGUUUAUGUGUAUUAUGGAUCAGUAAGUGGAAUAGUCAAUCAACCAUCACAAACUAUUGAAGCAAUAGAGGUACAUUAUCGUGAACAUCUGAUGGGCUUCGGGGUAUCUCUCUCUGGUGGUAUGGAUCUUGACAGUAAUACUUAUCCUGAUGUUUUAGUUGGAGCUUAUCUCUCAGAUAAUGUUGUUGUACUAAGAUCCAGGCCUAUUGCAGAUGUUCAUGGCACAGUUGCUUUUCACCCUCAGUUUGUGAAUUAUCCUAAUACCACUGAGUUUGAAGUAACUGUUUGUUUAAAUUAUUCUGGAAGACAGUUACCUGGUGAACUUGUUAUGAAUUAUAAUCUCUCACUGGAGGAGACACGAGUGAAGGCUGGCCUUUCUCCUCGUGCAACAUUUACUUUAUACAAGAGUUCCAUUGCAAGUGGGAAUAUUACAGCUAAAGUAAGCAAAGAAUCGUGUAAGAAUUUUUCCUUGAAACUUCAGGCUGGCAUUGUAGAGCUACUCAGUCCGAUUGUUGCAAAGUUAACUUACGAUCUACCACCAGAAGGACAACUGCCUUCCAAUGAUGGAAAUCCUGAUACAACUCAGUCAUUAUAUCCUGUGCUAAGGUCAAAGGCUGCAUUUUCUUCUCAGGUUCUCACUUUUUUUGUCAAUUACGUUUAUUUACAUGUUAUUGUGCUUUGAUGUCUGCCUGUCGUUUGGCUUCUGCCAGGCUAACAAACGGCCGCCAUGACCACAGUUUGCAUUUAUUUUUUGCCAAAAUUGCCAAAUGCACCCACCACGGUCACAUUAUGGUGCAAAAAUCAGAUGCUCGGU